AUGGCUCCCUCGUUGCUUGCCCGGGGCGAUCCCGCCACUAUGCAUGCGACUGAGCCUUUGGGAGGCACCGUGAUGAGCGUCAUCAUCUGCCUCGUUUCCAUCAGCAUCAUAUCUGCCUUUCUAGCUCAGAGAAGUGUAGCGUUCAAGAACUGGCGGAGGAUACCUUUUGUGGUGUGGCUUGUUCUUCUCGUCUACGCCGAUUCAUAUCUCUUCGUAUUCGUCACCGCCAUUCUUCAGUUCGCCCUCGGCGUGAACACGAACAUCCAGAUUUGCGACGGCGCCAUCUUGCUAUGCCUGGUUUGCUAUAUCACGACCAAGGUGUUGAUCUACCUAUUCUUGGUUGAGAAAGCACACAUUAUCAGAGGAGCGACGAAGCCGCGUCUCAAGUCAAAGCUAUAUGUCUUCAACUCUUUCGGCAUGCUUGGCGUCUACGCCAUCAUCGCCAUCCUCAACUUCAUCUUCCGAAUCACCAGAAUAGAUGAUGGACAGUGCUACAUUGGAAUGCAAAAGGUUUCCAUGAUUCCUCUCAUCUCCUUUGACGCCGUCGUCAACAUCUACUUGACCAUUCUCUUCCUCAUCCCCCUCAAGAGUGAGUCCACUUCUCAGACAUCGACCAACUCAAAAGUCGGUCCCUACAAUACUAACUCAUCCGCAGGUCUCUACUCUUUCAAGAACUUCCCCAAGACACCUGCAAACAUCCGCUUGAGGACUGUCGCGCUGCGCACCUUCAUCGGUGCCCUGUGCACGCUGACAAGCAGCAUUGUGAACCUGACCGUACUGAUGGUCCUCAACGGUGAGCCUGGCUGGGUUUGCCUUAUGUGCUGCAACAGCGAUGUACUCUUCUCUGCCGUCGUCGUCCAAUGGGUGACCUCCAGGGACAACGCUGCCACCCAGAGCUCAUCGGGUGCUUCACGCAGCCAUGACCCGAACCUCUUCAUCAGCGAUGACGCCCGUCGCGGUACCGAGAACCAGUAUUCUCCCCACAUCGCCCCGAGCCAGAAGCAUGUCAUGGACGACAUUGGUGAGAUUUCUCUCGACAGCAGCACCCGCUCCGACUUUGGCAACAGCGACAAGGGAUCCGUCGAUGCAGACCGCGGUCGCAAGACGUCCUCUUCCGGUUCCGGACCUACGAGCGGCGGCGUCGUGGUGACGACGACGAUCAAGCGCGAGUCGAAGCCGGGGACGACGGUUUACGAGGAGAUGGACAUUGACGACGGGUACACGGCGCCCACCGGGUCUCGGCCGAUCAGCGGACGGGAUGCUGAGUUUGACAACUACAAGAGUGGAUCGCGAACGAAAAUCACGGCCGGCAAGCGUUAA